GGCGCAGGGCUGGGGGAAGCGGCGGCCGCCCCGACGCUCUCCGGACUCUCGGAGGCGUCUCCCGAGGGUCUCCCGGCCUCGGGCUGGGGGCGACGCGCGGGUCUCUCCGGACCCUAACUCCCCAGAGGCCGCCGCGUGCCGAGCCCUGUCACGUACCCUCAGGGCCCCGGCUGAGGCCCGCGGCGCCGAGAGGAAGCGCACGGCGGGCAGGGGCGGCCGGGUAUGACAGUCGCCGUGCCGCCCCGGGGCAGCUCCCGGAGGGGCCAGCCCGGACCCACCCCGCCCGCCGGCGGUUGUCUCCUCCCGAGCUCGGCGCUGCCCCCUACAGGCCGCAUGGUCCCUCCUCGGUCGCCCCCUGACCCAUCGCGAGCCGUCUGGCUCCAGCUCGAGGUUGCCGCCGUCGCGGCGGUUAUCACCGAGGCCGGGUCAUCGGGCCGCGGGGACCUCACAGCCCAGAAGACGGGAGCCCCAAGUCCUGCCUAUCCCUCGCCUCCCCCGAGCUGCUGCAACUGUCAGUCAUCCGCCUGGAACCCCGAGGGGCAACUACUGAGCAGGCCGCGGGGCCCGGAACAAGGGUCCCGUGGCUCAGGAUCUCGGCCGCUGCGCCUCACCCCUGCCCCCGCCCCGCGCGCCGAACUCGUUUCUCUCCCACCCAGCUCGGGAAAAGGCCAGGCGGACGCUCCUCUCGACUUCCCCAGUGGGUCAGACCCAUUUCACACAGAGAACAAUUCGUUCCCUUGGGCUCCUGAUUGAUUCAACUAGUUGCAAGGAUGCUGAGGCAGGGGUGAGCGGUGGGGUGGCUGGCAGGCUGUGACAGGCAGAGGACAUAAGCAGGACCUGUUUCGUGCCCUCUGAGUCUCCACACACAGAUUUAUCACUGUGACCUUCCCGAUUCCCCUGCCAGGGAUGCCGGCUGACCCUGCCGCCUGCGGGGCCCAGCCUAAGUCAGGCUCAUCUUUUGGGACAGGAUCCCACUUGCAGCGCUACAGCCAGCUCCUUCUCUGGGCCUCCCGCACCCACUUAAGGCGGAGUGACUGACCUAAAAGUCCACGCUGGUCGUGUGGCUUCCGCUCGCAAAUAUCUCACCUGGACCUCCCUCCCUGGAGCCAGACAAGACCCAAACCUCCGAAGCGAAUGCAGUCCCCGCAGGGCGAGAAGGAGAAACUGAUAGUCCGCAGGGGGGUGAACUUAAGGCCCUUGCUUUCAUUAGCACAGUGUUGUAACUGCCAAGGAGCCUCUGAGGAAAUGGGCUGUACGUACAUAUACAUACUCGCCCUUGCCCCUGAACCAACAUCAAAUACUUUCAUGUUAUUCUUGGGGGCGUUUUAAUUCUUCAGAUCUUCUGGAUUCGUGUUUUUGUAACCCAUCAGACAAGCUUUUGUACAUCUCUUUCCAGCCUAGGCCUACACACUAACAGAAACAGUUUUACAUCGAAGGACAGUGCUUUAGUAUUGUAUUCAGUCUCUUUUCUUUCUUUUUUGUAGUUGUGUUUCAAAAUGUUUUUUCUAUCUUGUGAUAGUUUUGCAGAAAAAAAUAAUGAAAUAAUUCAAAUCAGGUUCUUAAUCUGCUUUAUUAAAUUUAUAGUCAUAGUAGCCUGUGAGUAUGCUUUCAGGGAGGAAAAAAGGAUGCUGGGAUCUUUAUUCUUCAAGUUCUCUAACUUUGAUAUUUUGAAUAAACACGCAGAAGUGUCUCUGUCUUUUC